UGUCCGAAUGGGUUUCUUACUGACAGUCUCGGGUGUAAAACCUGUACUUGCAAGCCCCCAGUGUGUCCAGUUGUGAAGUGCUCACCUUCCUCUCACGGAUAUUUCAAUGAUUCCAAAGGUUGCCAGAUAUGUCAAUGUAAACCUUUAGUGUGCCCCAAAUUAUCAUGUGCAGCAUGUCCUAAUGGCUAUCUUAAUGACACACGUGGAUGUCAAACUUGUACUUGCAAACCUUGACAAUUUGUCAAAUGUCCAGCAUGCCCAUAUGGCUAUUUAAAUGAUUCCAAAGGUUGCCAGACAUGUCAAUGUAAACCUUUUGUGUGUCCCAAAUUAUCAUGUGCAGCAUGUCCUAAUGGCUAUCUUAAUGACAAACGUGGAUGUCAGACUUGUACUUGCAAACCUUGCCCAUUUGUAAAAUGUCCAGCAUGUCCUUAUGGAUUUUUAAUUGAUUCAAAAGGUUGCCAGACAUGUCAAUGUAAACCUUUAGUGUGCCCCAAAUUAUCAUGUGCAGCAUGCUCUAAUGGCUACCUUAAUGACACACGUGGAUGUCAAACUUGUACUUGCAAACCUUGCCCAUUUGUUAAAUGUACACCAUGCCAUUAUGGAUUUUUAAUUGAUUCAAAAGGUUGCCAGACAUGUCAAUGUAAACCUUUAGUGUGCCCCAAAUUAUCAUGUGCAGCAUGUCCUAAUGGCUAUCUUAAUGACACACGUGGAUGUCAAACUUGCAAUUGCAAACCCUGCCCCUUACUGAAAUGUCCUCUUUGCCCGUUCGGCUACACCACGAACCCCACGGGCUGUCAGACGUGUCAAUGCAAACCAUUGGUCUGCCCUCCAACACUUUGUUUCUGUCCGUACGGCACCGACUGGACAACGGACAUCCUCGGCUGUGCACGAUGCACUUGCAAACCGUUUCAAUGCCCGCAUCUGAACUGUCCGAUUGACAAGUGUCACACGGGGUUUGAGAUCGAUGACAAAGGUUGCCAGACUUGUCAGUGUAAGAAACCAGAGUGCCUCGAUUCCCAGUGUAAGGACGUGUGUAAGAAUUCCAACAAGGUUCACGAGAUCUCCGAGACCUGUCACUGCGAUUGUUAGUACUAUACAACAUGUAUGAGUGCUUAUCGAACAGUUUAAAACGAUGCCUUUACCCAAUAUUUUACAACCUGAAAUUAUAAUUAUAAAAUUGAAUAGUUACCAAAUUAAUUUUUAAA